AUGGAUAAAGAGGCCAUUACACAAGUUGGCUCUGAUCAGCGCUCUAGCGAUGAUCACAACAGUGCCGAAAAGGGGUACUUCGAGCAAGUCGACCUCCACAACAAUAUCUCUGCCAAAAUCAAGAACCCGUUGGCUCACUUGACCAAGAAUCAAAUCAUCCGUGACGUUGAAGAAUUCGCUCAAGAAUACAACGUCGCAGAUAUUCUCCCGGAAUUGAAGAAGGGAGCGCUAGUUGCCCGGGAUCCUGCCGAGUUUGAAACGGUGACAGACUUGAACGAGACCGAGCUUACUGCGCUACGCGACGAAGUGCUUCACAAGUGGCGUCAGCCCAAGCAACUCUACUUCACAAUCAUUCUUUGCUCCAUCGGUGCAGCAGUACAAGGAUGGGAUCAGACAGGCUCCAAUGGUGCCAACCUGUCAUUCCCUGAUGCCUUUGGAAUCUCAGACCAGAAGGGAGCCCCCAAUGCGGAUCGAAACCUGUGGCUUGUUGGUGUCAUCAAUGCUGCUCCCUACAUAGCUAGUGCAGUUCUUGGAUGCUGGCUUUCAGAUCCAUGCAAUCGUUUCCUAGGCCGUCGCGGCACAAUCUUCAUGUCCUCCAUCUUUUGUGUCCUUACCCCCAUUGGCUGCGCAUUGACCCAGACUUGGGUCCAAUUGUUCAUUGUCCGUCUACUCCUCGGCAUUGGUAUGGGUCUCAAGGCUUCAACAAUCCCCAUCUUCUGCGCCGAGAACACUCCUGCUGUUAUCCGUGGUGGUUUGGUUAUGUCUUGGCAACUCUGGACAGCGUUUGGAAUUUUCCUCGGAUUCAGUGCCAACCUUGCAGUUAAAGACACCGGAAGUAUCUCCUGGCGCCUCCAAUUGGGAUCCGCAUUUAUUCCUGCUGUUCCCCUCCUUUUCGGUGUCUACUUUUGCCCUGAGUCUCCCCGUUGGUAUAUUCGACGAGGCGAGAUGAGCAAGGCAUACCGAUCUCUUUGUCGUCUGCGCAACACACCCUUGCAGGCUGCUCGCGAUCUUUACUACAUCCAUGCCCAGAUCAAGAUCGAGUCGAGCUUGAUUGGUGAAAGCAAUUAUGUUACUCGAUUUGUGGAGCUUUUCACUAUUCCUCGCGUUCGCCGUGCCACUCUUGCGUCUUUCGUCGUCAUGAUCGCCCAGCAGAUGUGCGGUAUCAAUAUCGUUGCCUUUUACUCUUCUACCGUGUUCUCCAAUGCUGGUGCCAAUGACACAGAAGCCCUCUUUGCCUCCUGGGGCUUUGGUCUGGUCAACUUUUUGUUCGCUUUCCCGGCUAUCUGGACUAUCGAUACCUAUGGUCGUCGGUCUUUGCUGCUGUUUACUUUCCCGCAAAUGGCUUGGACUUUGCUUGGAGCUGCAUUCUGCUUCUGGACACCCGAGGGCACAAAAGCUCACUUGGGCUCGAUUGCUUUCUUUGUCUUCCUAUUUGCUGCUUUCUAUUCUCCUGGUGAAGGUCCUGUUCCUUUCACUUAUUCAGCAGAGGUGUUCCCUCUUUCCCAUCGUGAGGUCGGCAUGUCUUGGGCUGUGGCAACCUGUCUGGGAUGGGCGGCUGUGCUCUCCAUCACAUUCCCCAAAAUGUUGGCUGUGAUGACAGCGACUGGAGCAUUCGGCUUCUAUGCUGGUUUGAAUGUGACUGCUCUGGUCAUGAUUUUCCUUUGGGUCCCUGAAACCAAACAGCGCACCCUAGAAGAGUUGGACUACAUCUUCGCAGUUCCCACCCGAGUUCACAUGAAGUACCAGGUUACUAAGGCGCUUCCUUACUGGUUCAGGCGCUACAUUUUCCGCCAGAAUGUUACAUUGGAGCCUCUAUACAAGUUUGACCAUCUUGCGAGUGGUGCUGAGGUUGAUGCUGCUUCGCGGAAGCAGAGUGUUGUCUCUGAGCACAUCAAAUCGUAG